UACUCUAAUGAUGAAACUGGUACAUUUUUGUUAGCUGUGCCUGUGAGUAUAAAAAUGUAAAAUGUCACAGUUUUUAGUUGAUGUAAACAGUUCGACUCUUUCUUUCUUUCUUUUUCCUUUCUUUGGUUGUUUUUCCAAAUCGCAAAUACCGCGUGACCCUCCUGCCGUUCCGUAGUUGUUGACAAUCUGCGCGCGCGGUGCAUUUAUAGACAAGCGACAGCGAGCACGCGCUAUUAAUAACAGUUAAAGAUUCCAGGAAAAGGAAAGCAAGGGAUCUGAUGAGAUCUGACUAAAUCUACUAGAUUCACAAAAGAAAUCCGCUUCUUGUUAAAACUAGACUCGUGUCAUCGAGGCUUUUGUUGUUUUGAGCUUACAUCAUGAGCUACAGGCUACUAAAGAACCACUAAAUCAAAAUAAAUACCAAAAAAAACAAAUAUAAUGGAGUUGAAAAGUAGUACAGAUGUCUAGAUGAUGAGCUAAAUUAGAUUUAUUAGCUUUAUACUGAUCUGAUUUUGUUUUUGGUGAACUUUAAAAUUACUGCUACUACAGAUGAACCAUGUAUUUUCACAGGAAUUAAAUAUGUAUAAUAGUUUAUAGUCAGUAUAAAUAGGGUUGAUUGAGAGCUAAGUGAGAAACCAGGGCAGUUUGACAUGUUCAGGCUGCACAUAUCGAUUAUUAAAUCAGUAAAUAAGAGUUUAUUGGGCUGGUUUGGUGUAAAAGUGCUCAGUGCAGGGGUUCGGGUGGGAAGAGAAGUCUCUUGCCCUGUCCCUGUUUUAAUCUGGACGCCUCAGAGACAAGCUGUCUCAUUAACAGCCAUCUCAGAACAGAGCAGGAUUUCACUCCACAAGGAAACGCAUGGUGCCCUCGAACCAUCACUAACAGACAUGGAAAAGAUCACAGUGACGAAAAAAGUGACGAAGGUGAAGAGGAACCUCAGGAAACCACGAGGACGUAAGCAGAAAGUGAAGGAAGCCGACUGCACGGUGAAGCUCCUGGCUGAACUUCCCUUCACCAACACCGAGGUCUGGAACGAACUCGGCUUCUCCGACCCUGAGGCGAAGGGGAAGAUGAAGGGGAAGAGGAAGGAGAGGGGACAUGCGGAAAAUGAGGAGGACGGAGAGAAAGAGAAGAAGAAGAAGAAAGACAGUCCUCGUCCUAAUUACUUUGUGUCGAUCCCGAUCACCAACCAAAAGAUAAAAGAGGGGGUGGAGGAAGUCCAGGCUGAGGUGUUACAGAAGGACCCUCGUCUCUCCAGAGCUCUGAUUCCUGUGGGUACACUCCACAUCACACUGCUCGUCACACACCUGUCCACACAGGAGCAGAUCGACACAGCUGCAGUAGCAAUAGGAGAGAUGGAGUCUAUGUUGACAUCCCUGGUGGGUGGGCGGAGCCUCGUGCUGCCGUUCCGUGGCAUUGGUCACUUCAAACAGGAAGUAGCAUUCAUCCAGAUCGAAGAGGGAGAGCAUCUCACAACCCUCACACACAUUGCAGACUCAGUCAGGAGGGCGUUUGAGGAGAAGGGGAUCCCGACUGGAGACCAGAAAGCUUUCAAACCUCACCUGACCUUCAUCAAGCUCUCACGAGCACCCAAACUCCGGCGGCAGGGAAUCAAGAAGCUGGACUCGAGCCUGUACGUGGCGUUUGAGCAGCGAGCGUUUGGUGAGGAGAACGUGUGCACCAUGGACCUGUGCUCCAUGCUGAAGAAGAAGGAUGCUGACGGUUACUACCACCGCGAGAAGACCGUCACGUUCGAUCUUUUGCAGAGCGCACGGCGCACCUCACGGACAAGUGGUAAGCGCGGCCCGGAGCUUGAUGAUGACGAGCUACUGAGUCUGAGUAAGAGGCUGGUGGAGGAUGCCGUGUCGCGCGCCGUGCAGCAGUACAUGGAGGAAACGCAGCAGAAUGGCUCCGCCCCCAAAGACGAGGCCCCGCCCAAAACCACCCCCAAAUGACAGCGUGACCUCUGACCUCAGACCCUCACCUGCCUGGGUGGAGCCCCGGGUCACACCUUCUCCUCCACACGUCCUCCCCUGCUUCAGGGGAGACGGAUUUGUGCGUAAGAAUGACGGGAAAAGUGAUUAUGCGUAGACGAACCGGAUCUGGCGGAAUUUUCUAUGCAGAUUUUUUUGCACACGGAUAUGGAAUAAAGCGAUUAUUAUUAUUAUUAUUAUUAUUUUUUUGAUCGAUUAGAAAGGAAAACUGAGAUGCGAUAAAAACUCGUCUGAUUCGAGACCAUGGCGAUAUCGAACUGCACCUCUGGACCUGGACAGGAGCGGACGUUUGCUUUAAAGUGUCCGUAAUUACGUUCCUGUGUGAGAGCAUAAGAUGAUGAUGAUGAUGAUGAUGAUGAUUUCUCAUGGCCUCCAGUGUUAAGCGUAUUUUGUGUAUGUGUGUUUAUUUUUUGUUUUUAAAAACAUAACAAGCCUUGUUUAUAUGUUUGUGCACCCUUUAGGCCGUGUGAGUGAUGCGCAGUGGGUCAGGAGGAUGCUGGACUCAGACAGAGAGAGUGUUUACAAGAGAGCGAGGGAAUUUAAGACACUGUUAGGACGAGCAGAAGUACGAGCACGAAUCGCACGAGAACUGAGCGUGACCAGGACACACACACAACACA